CUCCCCUUGCUAAUCACCAAACGCUGCAAUGUUUCCCGCCGCCUUAUCCCUUCCCGCCAAACUCCUCCCCACCCCCUCCCCCUCCGCUCUCCCUCCCCACCCUUCCCGCCAAAACCUCCCCGCCGAAACCCUACCUCCUCCCCACGCCCCUCUCAAGCGCCGCCUCCUCCGCCUCGCCGACACCGGCCGCCUCUCCGACGCCCUCUCCGCCCUCGACCUCCUCGGCGGCGCCGCCGACCUCGUCGCCUACUCCGCCCUCCUCCACGCCUGCGCCCGCCGCCGCGACCUCGCCGUCGGCCGCCGCGUCCACCGCCGCCUCCUCGCCUCGGGCCUCGCCCCCGACGCCGUUGCCGCUAACUCCCUCCUCUCCCUCUACUCCAAAUGCGGCGAUUGGGACGUCGCCCUCUCCCUGUUCGACGAAAUGGGUAGCCGAAGAGACCUGGUCUCCUGGACCACCAUGAUCACCUCCGCCGCACAAAACCGGAUGGAACGAACGGCUAUAGAGCUGUUCCGCGAAAUGCUCGAGUCGGGUUUUACCCCGAAUGAGUACACCUUCUGUGGGUUGAUCCAGGCAUGCUUGAAUGAAGAGUAUGUUUUUGUUGGGAGACUUGUUCUUGGGUUUGUGAUCAAAAUGGGAUUUUUCGGGACCGACGUAUCUGUAGGGUGUGCUCUGAUCGACAUGUUUGCGAAGACCCAUGAUUUGUUCUCCGCCCGUAAGGUGUUCGACGGAUUGUGCGAGAGAAACGCCGUUGUUUGGACUCUGAUGAUCACACGAUAUGGACAGAACGGCUGCUGCGAGGAGGCGAUUCGAUUGUUUUUGGAUAUGAUAUUUGAUAGGUUCGAGCCCGAUCAGUUUACUGUAAGCAGUGUAAUCUCUGCGUGCACCGAAUUGGAAUCCCUUAGCUUGGGGAAACAGUUGCAUUCUCUGGCUAUUCGAACUGGGUUGGCUUCUGAUACCUGUGUUGGGUGUAGUCUUGUUGAUAUGUACGCAAAAUGUUCGGUAGGAGGUUCAAUGAAUGAUUCGAGGAGAGUGUUCCAUGGAAUGCCCGAACACAAUGUGAUGUCCUGGACCGCAGUUAUAUCAGGAUAUGUACAAUGUGGGGGCCAAGAAAUCGAAGCCAUCAAGCUCUUUUCGGAGAUGGUGGACGGAAGAGUUAGGCCGAACCAAUUCACAUACUCGAGCAUUCUGAAAGCAUGUGCAAAUCUAUGUGAUCACUAUCUGGGUGAGCAAAUCCAUGCCCAUGUCACUAAACUAGGGUUGGCGUCAGUUAAUUUCGUAGGAAACUCCUUGGUCUCGUUAUAUUCACAAUCAGGCAGGAUUGAAGAUGCUCGCAAGGCUUUUGAUCUUCUAUUCGAAAAGAAUAUGAUCUCUUACAAUACAAUCAUCGACGGCAUGGUGAAGAAUUCCAGUUCCGAUGAAGCAUAUGAGUUCCUUAGUAACAUACAGAGUAUGGAUAUUGGACUAAGCUCAUUCACAUUUGCCAGUCUCCUAAGUGCUGCAGCAAGUGUGGGAUUGUUAAGCAAAGGCAAGCAGUUGCAUGCGCAAUUACUGAAAGCGGGUUUCAGGUCAAAUAGGGGCAUUUGUAAUUCUCUUAUAUCCAUGUAUUCUAGGUGUGGAAACUUAGAUGAUGCGUGCCAAGUUUUCGAUGAAAUGGAUGAGCCAAAUGUGAUCACAUGGACUUCUAUGAUCACGGGCUUUGCUAAACAUGGUUAUGCCGAUCAAGCGGUCAAAUUAUUUCAUGACAUGGUCUCGAGUGGGGCUAAGCCAAAUGAGGUCACCUUCAUUGCUGUUCUAUCUGCUUGUAGCCAUGUAGGUCGAAUUAAUGAAGGGUGGGAAUACUUCAAUUCCAUGGAAAGAAAUCACGGAGUUGUUCCAAAGAUGGAGCACUAUGCUUGCAUGGCCGAUCUAUUAGGGCGAGCAGGCCAUUUAGAAGAAGCUAUUGAAUUCAUCAAUUCGAUGCCGCUCAAAGCGGAUGCUUUGGUUUGGAGGACGCUACUUGGUGCUUCUAGAGUUCACGGAAACAUUAAGGUUGGAGAAAUAGCUGCUAAGAACAUCUUAAAGCUCGAACCGCAAGACCCAGCUGCCUAUGUCUUGCUCUCGAAUUUGUACGCAAAAGCUGGCAAGUGGAAAGAUGUUGCUGAAUUAAGAAGCGGAAUGAAAGACAAGAACUUAAGUAAAGAGGCUGGAUUGAGUUGGGUGGAGAUUAAGAACAAAAUCCAUCAAUUUCAUGCCAGUGAUACUUCACAUCCUCAGGCUAGAGAAAUCUAUGAAGAGUUAGAUGAACUGCUAUGUAAAAUAAAGGUAAUGGGUUAUGCUCCAGAUACAAACUAUGUACUUCAUGAUGUAGAGGAUGAGCUUAAGGAGCACUACCUUUCUCAACACAGUGAGAAAAUAGCGGUGGCCUUCGGCAUUAUAUCCACUUCAGCCGCGCAACCGAUAAGGAUAUUCAAAAACCUGCGCUUCUGUGGAGAUUGUCACAAUGCAAUCAAGUACAUCUCAAAGGCAACUGGUCGGGAAAUUAUUGUAAGAGAUACUAAUAGGUUUCAUCGGAUCCGCAACGGGGAGUGUUCUUGUGGAGAUUACUGGUGAGAUACGCAGAAAUCUUUGCGUAAAUUGUUCAUUACAGAUAUCAUGGACCUGAGUUGUAAAUUAUUUGUGUAUAUCAAAUUUUGGGAAUUUGUUUAUUGGCAUUAAAAAAAAAAAGGGCAUUUUAUGGCCUUGCAUCUUGUUGA